AUGGACCAGCCACUUGCCGAGGACUACUAUAACCUAGGUGGCUACCGUCGCAAUGUGAGCACAACAAACGAAGAUGCCCAGCUCUGGUUUAGUCGAGGCUUGAUCUGGGCGUACGCCUUCAAUCACACAGAAUCUGCCCGAUGUUUUCAAAAGGCCGUCGAAUUCGACCCGACAUGCGCCAUGGGAUACUGGGGCUUUGCCCUCGCCCUGGGCCCUAACUAUAACAAGCCAUGGCAGCUCUUUGACGGAGAAGAUCUCUCUGCUACGACAACUCGCGCGCAUCGCGCGAUUCUGGAGGCAAAAAAAUACGCUCACGCCGCGACACCUUUGGAGAGUGCUCUUAUCGAUGCACUGCAGUACCGAUACCCGCAAGAACAGCCCGUACCGGACUGCACAGAAUGGGACAAAAGCUACGCCGAGGCAAUGACAUCAGUCUACCAAGACUACCCGGAUGACCUCGAUGUGACCGCGUUGUACUGCGACGCGCUGAUGAACCUCACUCCGUGGGGUCUAUGGGACGUGAAGACUGGCAAAGUUGCACCAGGCGCAAAAACACUCGAGGCGAAAAACGCGCUAGAUAGGGCUUUAAAACGAGACGAGGCCCGCAAUCAUCCCGGUAUCUUGCAUCUCUACAUCCAUCUGAUUGAAAUGUCCCGCACGCCUGAAAUCGCCCUGCCGAUAGCAGGCAACCUGUGCGGCCUUGUGCCUGAUGCUGGCCAUCUGGAGCAUAUGUCCUCCCAUAUUGAUAUCUUGUGUGGCGAUUACCAAAGGGCUGCCAUGACCAAUACCGAUGCAAUCCGCGCGGACGAGAAGUUCCUCGCCAACCAGCCCCUCGGCCAUUUCUAUAUUCUGUACCUUGCCCAUGAUCAUCAUUUCAGAAUGUACGCUGCGAUGAUGGGCGGCCGGUCGCAGCUCGCACUUGAGUCAGGGGCUGAACUUGCGCGAAUAAUUACUGAACCUCUUCUGCGCAUCACGUCUCCGCCCAUGGCAGACUGGUUGGAAGGAUUUGUCGCGAUGCGAAUGCAUGGAUUUGUGCGUUUCGGCCGCUGGGAGGAUAUCUUUGCUGUGGAGUUGCCGGAAGAUGCUGGGCUGUACUGUGUCACCACUGCGAUGAUUCACUAUGCCAAGGGCGUCGCUUUCGCUGCUACCAGCCGUGUUUUGGAAGCAGAGGCAGAGCAAGAACGGUUCCUACGGGCAAUGAAGCGUGUCCCGGCUUCACGGACGAUCUUCAAUAACCGCUGCGUCGACAUACUACGUGUUGGUGAGUCGAUGUUGGAUGGCGAGAUUGCGUAUCGCCGUGGCGAAUACAAUGUUGCGUUUUCGUAUCUGCGGGACGCUGUUAAGAGAGAUGAUGAGUUGCCGUAUGAUGAACCGUGGGGCUGGAUGCAGCCAGCUAGACACGCGCUGGGGGCGUUGUUGCUGGAACAGGAUCGCGUUGAGGAGGCUGCAGCUGUGUAUGCUGCAGACCUUGGGGUCGAGGAUGAUCUGCCUCGUUCUUUGCGGCAUCCGGGUAAUGUUUGGGCUUCGCAUGGAUAUUAUGAGUGUUUGGUCAGGUUGGGUCGGAAACGUGACGCGCGUGCCAGGUUACAGCAACUAAAGCAUUCUCUGACUUGGACGGAUGUGCCUAUCAAAUCGUCAUGUUUCUGUCGGCAGAGCACUGCGUGA